AUGGGUGAACAGAUUCCCGACUUCAAGCUCCCGGCGGACGUCCCAGAGUCCAGGAUCACACCAGCAAACGUCUCCCACACAGCCUUGUUCUCGCUGAGCGGCAAGACUAUUGCCAUCACCGGAGGCGGUCGCGGCGUGGGAAUCACACUCGCCGCCGCCGUUCUCGAGGCCGGCGGCAAUGUUGCCUGCCUGGAUAUCCUCGAGACCCCCGCCGCGGACGAGUGGGCGGCGAUCGAGAAGACGGCCAAGACAUCCGGACUCAAGCUCUCCUACCGCCGCGUCGACAUCACAGAUGAGGAGAACCUCUCCAAUAUCCUGGACGAGGUCGAGAGAGAAGGGCGAGAGGCGGGUGCCCCCUUCUACGGCGCAAUCGCCUGUGCCGGCAUCCAACAGAAGACGCCCGCAGUCGACUACCCCAAGUCGGACUUCGAGCGCAUGAUGAGCGUCAACGUCACCGGCACCUUCCUCACAGCGAAGCACACGGCGAGGAUCCUGAUCAAGAAUGGCGUCAAGGGAAGCAUCGUUAUGAUUGCUUCCAUGUCUGGUGAAAUUGCCAACCGCGGGUUGUCAUGUUCAGCGUAUAACACCAGCAAAGCCGCAGUACAGCAACUGUGCCGAUCGGUCGCGCAAGAGUGGGGCCAAUACGGCAUCAGGGUGAACACUUUGUCCCCAGGGUACAUCAGGACGGCCAUGACAGAUGCGUUGUUGGCAACGAAUCCAGAGCUGGAGAAGAUUUGGAUGGCGGGAGCACUCCUCGGACGGCUCGGGGCGCCUGAAGACUUCAAGGCGCCAGCAGUGUUCCUCCUCUCCCAAGGCAGUUGCUUCAUGACAGGGGCAGACCUCAGGGUGGACGGAGGUCACUGUGCUUCUGCAUAG